CUCACAUGAAUCUGUACCUAUGACGAUACACGCAUGUGCGAGUUUAGAUUAGGCCUGUUUACAAGUCUUGCGCAAGUGUCAGAAAUCCGGCCCUUGCUCAACAUGAGCUCUUGAGGCAUUGAUCUGAGGAAUACUCUAUAUAAAUAAGUCUACCCCCAUAACAUAGACAUGAUUACGGAUUCUCCUAGGGUCAGACAUAGUGUUACAACGCGAGAUACAAGAGUAACGAGAUAUAAAGACCAUGGCAACAUCUACCGAACAAGCUGCAACAACAACAGCGACACACCGCGGUCUUGACGUCAAAACUGAAAGCGAAAGGUACAAUGAUCAGAGACGAAUGUGGCCGAGUUCAGGGCGGCACAUUUUGGCACAUUACGAUGACAGCUCUAUCAUCGUCUAUCAGGCGUUCAAAUCGUCCAUAGCUGAUUAUGCUGUCAAACAUCAAAGGUUUGGGGGUCCAGACUACAAGUUUGAGAGAAUGACAUGGAUUAAAACAAACUUCCUGUGGAUGAUGUACAGAAGUGGAUGGGCAACCAAACCGGGGCAAAAUCGCAUUCUUGCAAUUCGAAUAUCGCGGGAUGGCUUUGAAAAGAUUCUAGCUAAUGCCUUCACCAUAGAGCUUCAGAAGUCUAAGGGCUUGACCAGUGAGGACGUAAAUGUGCGGUUACAGUGGGAUCCAGACCACUCCCCUAACUACCACAAGCAACAACGAAGAGCAAUUCAGCUUGGCCUCAAAGGGGAGAUAGUUAAAAAGUUUUCCAACGACUGGAUCCUUGGUAUAGAGGACAUCACAGACUUUGUCCGAGAACAGCACCAGGUGCUCAAGAUGGAGGGAGAGGGUAAACUCCAGAUUCCCAGAGAGAGAGUGUACCCAGUCAGAAAUCCCGGCAUUGCGGCCAGGAUAGCCCUGGACAUCUGGGAUACUGAUGGGCCGAGUUUUGUGUCAUAGCCCAUUGAUGUACAGAGAUCGGACGUAACUUCAUGAGCCUAGCAGAUCAGUAGGCAGUCAGCUAUAUUGGAGGCCUGUUAACAUGGACUGAUAUGGCCGCAGUCCUCCAGUAUGGCUGCCAAAAGCCUAGCAGAUCAGUAGGCAGUCAGCCAUAUUGGACGCCUGUUAACAUGGGCUGAUAUGGCCGCAGUCCUCCAGUAUGGCUGCCAAAAACAACUUCUUCUGUGGACCAUACUUCCAUUAAAGAAUGGUAAUGACUUCA